UUGCUGGUCACGUGGAAACACGUCACGUGACUGCGCUCCAUAAUCGCCUACUGACCAUUCGUGUUCAUUGUGCAAGCUGGCGACACGAUGUACAUAGUAGUGACCUUCUCCAUCUGCUUGUUAUUCACUUCUUUGGUCUGGGGUGGAUAUCUGGAAUAUGACCAAGAUGUCCUGAUACCAGAGGACUGGGCUAAUGUUGGCCGGCUCGAGCCCACAGAGGAACUGGAGCUGACGUUUGCCUUGAAGCAGCAGAACAUUAACCUGCUGGAGAAAACACUCGGACUAGUGUCAGACCCUGACUCGGCGCGCUAUGGUGAUUACCUUAGCCUGGACGAAGUGUCCUCCCUUGUGCGUCCAUCUAAACUGACCCAGAAGGUGGUGCAUCGCUGGUUGCAGAGUCAUGGGAUUAAAAACUGCCUGUCUGUUCAUACUCAGGAUUUUUUACAGUGCACCAUGACUGCAAAGGUUGCAGAGACCCUACUUCCAGGAAGCAGGUUCCACCGUUAUGUCAGAGAAGGCCGGUCUCUAGUGAGGUCAUCGGCUCCAUACUCAGUGCCUGAUGAUGUUCACCAGCACCUAGACUUUGUUGGAGGGCUUCAUCGCCUUCCACCAGAAGGGAAAGACCUCGGUAAGAAGCAAAAGCAAUCGAAGGCAGGGUUUCACCUCGGAGUGUAUCCAUAUAUCUUGAGGGCCCGCUAUAACCUCACAUCAACUGAUGUGGGAAGAGCUCAGAACAACAGCCAGGCUGUAGCUCAGUUCUUGGAGCAGUAUUACCACCCUGCUGACUUGGCUGAGUUCAUGGGCAUAUUUGGCAGGACCUUCCCCCAUCAGUUUGAGGUGGAUCGAGUGGUAGGCCACCAGGAAAGAGGAAAGGCCGGCCUUGAGGCCAGUCUGGAUAUAGAGUACAUCAUGAGCACGGGGGCAAACAUCUCUACAUGGGUCUUCACCAAUCCAGGUCGUCACGAGUCCCAGGAGCCUUUCCUCCAGUGGAUGGUUCUGCUGAGCAACAUGUCUGACCUGCCCUGGGUUCACACUAUCAGCUACGGCGACGACGAGGACAGCUUGUCUACUGCCUACAUGAUGCGUAUCAAUACAGAGUUUAUGAAGGCUGGCGUCAGGGGAAUAUCAUUGCUCUUUGCUUCUGGUGACGACGGUGCUAGCUGCAGAAAAGUGGGUACAGGAAACACCUUCAGGCCCAGUUUCCCAGCCUCAAGUCCAUAUGUGACCACAGUAGGAGGAACCUCAUUCAAGAACCCGUUUAAAGUCACGUAUGAAGUCACACAUUACAUAAGCGGAGGAGGCUUCAGCAAUGUCUUCGAGAUGCCUUCCUACCAGUCCAGUGCAGUGGCAGCGUAUCUGAAGACUGCAAACCUUCCUCCUCAGUCAUACUUCAAUAUCAGUGGCAGGGCCUACCCAGACAUGGCUGCUCUAUCUGAUAACUACUGGGUGGUCGUGAACAGACUGCCAAUGCCCUGGGUGUCUGGGACCUCGGCAUCGACCCCUGUGGUCGGAGGCAUACUGUCUCUCAUCAAUGAUCGGCGGCUGCUGAAGGGUCUGCCUGCCCUGGGCUUCCUCAACCCUCGCCUCUACCAGCUCAAGGGACAACCGCUAUUUGAUGUGACUGAAGGCUGUCACCUAGGCUGUCUGGACGAGCAGGUUCAGGGGCAAGGGUUCUGUGCUGCACCAUUGUGGGAUCCUGUUACAGGCUGGGGGACACCAAACUACCCUGCACUGCUGGCUGCCCUGCUAUCCAAGUGAACACCUGCAAUAACAGGGCACUGUAUGCUCUGAGAGCAGGUACUAUACACACGUAAACUUUUGAUGCCAAAGGCUGGAUGAUUUUACCAUGAAUCUCAGAAAUAAGUAAGCAGGCGAGUGUUAAGAGUAAUCUUAUGCUUUAAAUUCAUGCUGCUAGAUACUCAGCAAUGGGAAAUGUGGAAAUACUGGUUGCUAUGCAUAAAAUUUUGGGGAACAUUAAACCAACACUGAAUACUUGAAGACAGUGUUGUUAGCUGUCAAACAAAUCUAUAUACCAGGUGCAAUGAUUUUCGCAGAUUAAAGAAAUUUUGUAUGCAAUAUAGUAGAAUGCCAACCCGAAAGUUAGCAUUAGGGAUGGGCAGUGGGACAAUGCCAUCAUCCAUUGAUGAUGGCUGACAGGCACCAGUGACCUGAGUGCUUUUCUCUAGUUCUAACUACAACAGAGUGAAACAUCUUCACUGGUAAAACUAUCAGCUGAUCUCACAUCAGUGAUGGGAAUGUAGUAUUCUUUGGGAUGCUCUACAUGCAAAUGGUCAUGGAGAUCCAUCUUUUACAUCAUAUUACGGAAGAACAAAUCCUGCACUUUACUUAGUUUUGUUUUUUCACCCACAUUACUGCCCAUAUGGCAGAUAUCAUCCAUCGCAAAGUUUUACUACAAGACAUUGUCUGAUACCUUUCCAAUGGACAUCACCCAUCCCUACUUGGCAUCACCAUGGGUUCCCUCGAAAAAAGAAUAGAUUUUUCCAUAAGCAUUUGGAUCAUUGUCGAGAAUUACCUCUGUAACAAACAACCAUUUAUGACACUUUUUUCCAGAUGUUAUCUUGAUGGCAUGGUGAUGCCAAGUAGGGAUGGGUGAUGUCUAUGGGAAAGGUAUCAGAGAAUGUCUUGUAGAAUGUCUUGAUUGUCGAAGCCUAAAUACAAUCAUCCAAAGUACAAAGCUAUUGUUAGGCUAUAAACAAAGUACACUGUGGUCCCAUGACUUCAAAUUCCUUUCCUCUUGAUCUGGCAGGUGAUCAUGGCUGUGCCAGUUAAAAUAGUUUGCAAGUGCGUGUAUUUAAAUAUAACGAGACUGUAAAGGCAGACUAGUGAGAUGAUUAAUGGCCUUGUCAGAAUGAUGUUUAAUAUCCCAGAUGCCUCUGUAGCCUCAUUUUAGCCACUUGUGAAGCAACCACCUUUUUAAAGAUAUGUAUUUACUGACAUAUUUCAUUUCAUAGAACAAAUCAUGAAAAUGUAUUGGCCUUGUGUUAACCACAGACUUUAUUUUAAGUGCCUACCUAAAAGACUUCAGGGCGAGGGAACAGAAGUGCAAAAAUUCUAACUCGGUUCUGGGUUUUACGACUCACUACUAUGGCACUCUAUUGUACACAGGUUUGGUUUCAGUAGGAUAGUUAAAACGGCCUAUAUUGCCAUUCUGCUAUGUAGGGAUUAACUAGCUAAAUCAUUUCUUUUAAUAUGACUAAUGUAAUUGCAGGUAACUUUUAAAAAUGUAGCUUGUGUUAGUAAUAACAUGGGAAUACACUUUGUGAUUUAAGAUCAACAGGACUUUUCAGAGAGCUUAUUUUACUUUAGGUUGUUGAUAUUUGUAUUGUGGCCAAGAACUAAAUUGCACUAACUUUGUUUAAAAUGAUUCAGCAAUUCUAACCACCAGCACUGUUGCACUUACCGUAGUUUUGUUUGAUAUUGUUGCCAUGGAAAUCAAAUUAGAUAUAUUUAGGGUGGAAGACUGUUGUGCUGUUUCUGGAUUUAUUCUUUUUUUUUUUUAAUUUGCA